UAACAGUUUCUUUCAGUUUGAAGUCGACCGCCGUUCCGAAAGCACGCGGCCAAAGAAGUUGUUAUUUUUAAUUUAUAAUAAGAUUUUGUGAUGAUGAACCAUUUUUGGUUGGAAAAUGUGAUUCAGUCAAGCACUGACUUUUGAUAAAAUUUAAAUUUUGGAUUUUUUUCGAGUGACACGUGAAUAGUGGAUUAUUAGUGUCUCGGCGCGAUCUUAGAGAUGUCGCAUAAAGUAUUGGCCAUUCUGGCCAUGUUGGCUGUUUCUUCAGCGGAAAAAGAACAAACGAGAUGGUCCCGCCAAAUCAGUUCAUAUACAUCGGACAUUAGCGAUUGGGUUCCCCUUAGAGUUCCCACGGAAAGAGAUUUACCUCAAAUCAAAAGACAAGCAGUAGCGGAGCCCAGAAUAUUAUCUGAACCCUUCGCUGGAUUUGUUAGACCAACUGGAUUCAGUCAGGAUACUUUUCCUUCCAGGACAUUCUAUAACUCUCCAACUAAUCGGCAGCUUUAUCUUCAGUCAGUACCUUCUGCGCCACAAAAUUAUCUUUCUGAUCAAGGAUUCAGCCAAGGAUUAAGAUUUGGAUUAACGCAACCGAAUUUUCCUCUCAGUCAAGGCUUUAUUACACCACAAUUUAACUUUGACAAUGUUCAACAAAUAAAAGCAAGACCGCAAACGGGUUCGAAUCCGGUUAAAUUUGAAACAUCUUUUAAAACCAGCCAACCUUCACAAUCUCUGAGCCUCAAUCCUCCAGUUUUAAAGCCUUUUAAUCAGCCACUUAAACAUAAGCACGAACUUCCGAAAUUCGUGGAUGGCUAUCGUGCAGAAAAUAGCAGCGAAUUAAAUUUUGCUAAUAAACAAACUCAAUCGUCACAAAAAGUUAAUUUUGAUAACACAAACCUAUCUAAAGAGUCAUUCGGGUCACCGAAAAUGAAGGUUGAAAGGGAAGAAGUUCAAUUACUGUAUGUGCCUUUAGAGUCUCUCAAUAGAGGACAAUUUAACUUUAGGAGUCCACUAACAUCAGCACAACUAGUGAAUACGGAACUUUAUAAUCAGAAUCAUCGAUCGAAUCCAUUAAAGCAAAAUGUCGCGGAAGAAUUCCAUGGACCUGUAAUGAAACCCUUAGAGACAUAUCAUUCACAAGAAUUUUUGACGAAUUUUAAUAGUCAGUUACAUGAAGUGAGUCCAUUUUCAAAAUUUUCAACUAUAACAACUCCCUUCUCAACUACUGCAUCCACAACUGCUAAGCCAAAAAAAUUAAAACCACAUCAACCACCUCUAGCAAUUUUUCUUACACAAGACGCAAAGAAAGAAGAUCAAGUUAAAGUUGGAGAUGUAUUAUACUCUUUGAAAAAUGCUAAUACAGUUCCAGUUUUGGAUUCUGUUAAUCCUUUGAAUGCACCAAAGGUAUUUAUUGGGCCUUCAUCAUUAUCGCCCCCUGAUACCUACGUCAAAUUCGAACUCCCAUAUUUGUCCAAUAUUGAGAAUAGUGACAAAAAAUUAAGACAACUUCCAUUUUUUGUUGCCCCGCUUAGUUAUAAUACACCUCAAGGAUUUGCUAAAAUUCCAUUCCCAUCACCACACGUAGGGUCUGUUGUUAUAAAUUCACUUAUUAAGGAUACCACGUCAACAAAUAAAGCCGUAACUGGAACUCACAUUUAUAGACAUUCAUAUUCUGAACCAACAUUUAAACAAGACCAAAAAGUAGCAACCCAAAAACCUAAAGUAAGUUACUAUACCACCUCUUCUCCGAAAACAAAUUCGGCUUUAUAUGAACAAAAUUAUUAUUCAAUAGAACCUCAAUCAGUAAGCACCUUAGGACCAUUCAAGGACCCGGAAUCUAGUAUUGGGUCACAAUCAACACCUUUAAAAAGUGGUUCCUAUUUUUUAAGCAAUAUGCAGAAUCAAUAUAACCCAACUCAAUUUAUUAACUUUCCACAAGAUACGAGAUUCAAGAUUCCUGAACCUACCAAAACCUUAAACAUUUACAAGUUCGAUACUACAACUACGCCAAGAACUACUGUUACGUCAACUACUAAGCUACCGACAACUCACUCGAGUCAAUUACUAGAGACUCACAAUCCAUAUUCCAUAAACCAAGCAUUCCACUUUAGCACACCAUUAGAUUAUCAUAAUUUCUUUGAUGAGUACAAAGAACCAUAUGCUACACCAGGGAUCAACCAAUCACCAUCACCCUCAACAAUUCCAAUUACACCUGCGCCACUUCAGACUACUAUACCAGAAGAACGAGAACAACCUCAGCAGCAAUCGUAUCAGCCCAUGCAACAAUCGUUACCAGAUUAUUUACAAAACAAAACUCUAGAAUUUCAUCGCGAAGAAGAAAAACAAAACCUAAAAUAUCCCGCUUUUAACACAAAUGAAUAUAGCACUAAAAUUGAAUCAUUCCCUCAAAACCAAUAUUCCAACAAUGCAGAUAACGUAAACGAAAACACCCAAACUAUAAGAGAUGAAUCAGAACAAAAUACAAAAAAAGUGGAGUCUUCACAACAAGAAUAUGAGAACUAUACGAACGUCGCAAUCAGUCAGUCUGAUUCUUUACCUAAUUAUGAUCAAUCUACUAAAUCUUCCCCUAAAUACAACAAUUACGAUGAAAAUUACAAUUCUUACGAUUUACAAUCUUCAACAACAAGCAGCACUUCUACUACAACAAGAAGAUCACCCAUUAGAACAAGAGGACGUCCUCGAUAUCCCACAACAAAGUCUGAAUCUAGUGAAUCAUCUACUCGGGCUACAAUAACAAGAAGGCCUUUACGCGAAAGAAAACCAUUACCAACUAGAUCAAGAUAUGAACCAAAUAAAAUCACAUCUGAAAAACCAAUUAGAAAUCAAUUUGAAUCUGAAAGUACGACUAAAUCAAGUAGAACGCGAACCAGAGGCAGAGUUCAUUAUAAACCAUCGGACACGGAUGACAUAUAUACAAAAAGAAAUAAACAAAGUAGUAAAGAAGAAGAUUUAGCUUAUCAAAGAGAUGUACUACAUCAAAAUUACCCCGUUACAUUGAUGGAAAGAACUAGUACUGCCGACAUAGAAGCCAUUACUGAACCAUCCGAAAAAUUUAUUUCUACAAAUAAUCUAAAUAUUAUUAAAACCGAGGAUACUGAAGACGCUUACAGUAAUGAUAAAAUUUCCAUAACAGAACCAAUCAAUAGAGACUUAAAAGAUUUAUCGCAACAAUAUACGACAGCUGUCGAUACUGUGACUGAUGCUCCAUAUGAACAAAAAGUACAUGCUGAUGAAGAUCAUAUUUAUCAAUUAAAAGGCAGUAAAACACAUGAAGGUGCUGAAUUAUCAUAUGAUGAAGUAAAAGAGGACAUUUAUUCUGUACAAACAUCCCCUGAAUAUAAAAUAGAUAAUCAGGACAACUUACCUACUGAUCCCGCUAAUCCUAUUACGGAACAAAACACUCCUAUCAGUUCAUUCGGUGAAAUUCAAUCUAAGGAAAAAGAAGAGAUAACAACGUCGGCUGAAGCUGAAGAAAAUACCAAAAUUGCAAACCAAGAAAUAAAUCAUGAACAAGAACAAGAAGAGAAUAUUGUAGAAACGACACCAUCAUAUAAUAGAGUAAGAGUACGACCAGGAGUUAUUAGACAGUAUCAUCAAUCUUCCUCAUCGGACUCUUCACGAUUAAGGAACGAGAGAAGGAAACCACUUCAAGCUAUAACAUACAGACCAGCCUUUGAUAAACGCCGAACUACAAUGAAAAUCGAGGAAAUUGAAGCGGAUUUAAAAACUAAACAAAUUCAUAUACGGCCAGAGUUUCAAGACUAUAAACAACCUGUUUAUAAACCGGAACCAUCAACUGAAUCAGUAGUUACAUCUACUACACAGGAAACUUCUACGAAACGUGGUCAAUUCCGUCGUAGACGGCCUAAUUACGGGAUGACUUCUACCGAAGGAACUGUACCUAGAAGAACCUAUGAAAUAAAAAAUCGAUUUAGGGGACGUCGACCUACAGAAAAGCCGACUGAAAAUCCCGAUAUUGAAUCAGACGUAACAACGGUCAAAAGUAAUGUGCACAGCAGAUACAGCCAUAGACCGAGAUUGUCAGAAAGAUAUAAUCAAAAACUGGAAACAGACGACCAAGCAUCUGAAGAUCAGGACUCAAAUUAUUCUAUAAAUAGACCCAAAUAUGUAGCGCCAGAAUCAGACCGAUGGUCUCCAAAACUUUCAAAGGAUUCAUUCAAACCUUUUAAUCCUAAUAACAUAGCAGAUGACAUAAAAGUUGAACAAACUACUAGCAAGUCAAAAAAUGAAGAACUUGAUAUAAUAACAGCAAGAAAUGAAUAUGAGGACAUACUUAUUUCUGUAACACCUGCUACUAAUAACAGAGUUCAGAAAAAAAUAUCAGAUAUUCCACCUACUUUAGAAGCUUUUGUUGAACAAAGUAAAGUAACAAAAGUGGAUUCCGACAGUAUGUCUACUUUCGAAAGCAUGCUCGAAGAGGUUAUGAAAAAUUUAGAAGAACAAGAUGAAAAUGAAUACACGGGUAAUGUAAUGAAACACAAGGGUGGUGAAAUAGGGGAGAUUCCUCCUGAAAGAAUUAUUUCUUCUGGAGAAAACUAUUCUUUGAAAUCCACAACCCCGCUUCAAGAAGAAACGACAACGACAGCGCUGGAUAACUUAACUUCUGUUAAUGUAACUGAGGAGGUGCCAAGUAGAAAUAAUCGUCGUCGUGGUUUUUGGAAAAGGGUUAAAAAAGUUCGACCAGUUAACGAAGAAAUUGAAGUAGCCGAAUCUCAAUACUAUUCGAGUGCAGUAAAUCAACUUGGCCAACCAAUUUCUAAAAAUUUAUUAGAAAAUACAAAAAAAGAUAAUGUAAAGGCGACAACGUAUAAGCCAAAUUAUCAGUUUCUCAAAGAUUUCUUCGACAUAGAGGAUGAUCAGAUUGAUGCAAUACCGAAUAUAGAUAUACCUAAAAUAACAAACAGCCAUAUAGAGACUAAAGCUGAAGUUCUGAAGGACAAUUUGCAAUCUAGUAUCCAUACUGACCUAAACGGUGACAGACCAGCAGAAAAAAUGAGUCCGGGCGAUAUGGACUUAGGUACAGGCUCACCAAAUCCUACAUUGGAUGAUAGUGCUUUUUACAGUGAUCCUACAGAGCCAUCGUCUAUUGCAACUGCAAGUAUAGAUCGAUCCGAUGGUUUCAGUUUUAUGGAUUAUUUAUUUGGUGAAACAGCUUCUGAUAACAUAGAAUCUGUACAAAACGAUACAACGAAAUCUAUCAAAGAAACUGAAACAACGACAACACCACAGUCUAAAUAUGCUUCAACAGAAACUGAAAUCACUAAAGUAAAAGUAACAACUGAAAGUACUUACAUUCCUGAAGAAAUAACAGCUGAAAUAAUCAAUGAUGACAAUGAAGAAGGCAUAGUAACAGAAUCAGUUACAAGCAUUGAAACUAGAACAACAAAUAGUUAUUUCAAUUCAGAAGAAAAAAAAAUAAAAGAAAAUCCUGCUGUAAAAGUUGAAACUUCAUCAAUAUCCAGCUUCAUGGAUCCAACAAGCGUGGUCAGUACAUCCAUGUCUACAGAAAUAUCUCACGAAACAGAGAUAUGUUUUAGAGGCAAAUGUAUUAAAAGCAACAAAAAUUUAUUAUAAAAUAAACCGAAGUGGUGCUUACAAUGUGUUCAAAAUCCUUAGUGUUGUAACAAGUGACUUUUUGAAAGAACAAUUUAACUAGGUUACUUUAUGUUAGCUCCUCUAAUCAUCUAGGUCUUUCUAUGUAUUUAUUGUACUAUUUAUAAACCUGAAAUAGUGAAAUCAUGUAAAUACAAUUCAAUGUCUCUUUACUUGAUCUCGCCUUUUCACACAUUGUUAUGAUCAUAAAGGUAAAUAGAUUUGUAUAAAGAUUAAGAAGCCUAUGAAUGGUACUUUGUGAUAUGAAGAAAGUCGUACUUUGUUAGUUUUUCUUUGUCUUUAUUACCGAACAAUUUAUUUCUAUGGUUAUCGUAUAGAUAAUAAUGUACCUUUAAGUUAAGUGGCCACAUAUACUGAAAAUAAUAUAAUGUAAAGCCUUAUAUGAAUUAAGAAUAGAAAUAAGUUUUUUACAUAUUUUCUGUAAAAUAAAGAUUUCGACUGAAAA